AUUCAUUCUUCUAUUCAUUCUUUCCUCAUCUCUUGCAUCUGCCGGUCGCGAGUUAUUUUUAUUUUCGUUAUUUAUUAUCACCAGUGUCUCAAAACUAUUUGAAUAAUUAUCAACAAUGAAGAUUUUAGUAACAGUAAUUACAUAUUUAUUAUUAGUUUCAUUUAUUUACGUUAAUUGUGUAGAAAAUACGACUAAAAAAUACGACUACAGUAUUCAUGUUGACCGAAUAUCUCUUAAGGACGUUAAAUUUCCAUGUAGAAAUGAUACGCGAUGCAUACAAGUGUAUAAUGAUUCCAUAUGUGCGAAUGGAUAUUGUUGGUGUCGCGACGCACCAGGAAGUAAGCCUUAUUACUGUAAUUUAGAACACGUCACUUUAUAUCCAAAAUUAUUUGGUGUCGUAGGACGUAUAUGUAAACAUGAUGGAGAUUGUGGUUUUGAUAAUGGCUUUUGUAAUACAACAAGACAUCAAUGUUUUUGUAAUCCUGAAUUUACUGCUGAUACUAAACGCCACAAGUGUUUACCAAUCGUUAAGAACAUAAGUGGAGCGUGUGAGGAUAAUACACAAUGUCAUGCUGGUAUUCCAAAUUCAAAGUGUCAUAAUAAAAUAUGUGAAUGUGAAGAGGGUUAUCAUUUUGUUGAUAAUAAAUGUUGGAAAACUGCAGCAUACUUGGAGCCAUGUUCUGAUGACAAUGAAUGUUUUUUUGGAGUUAAAUCUGACCCAAAGGGUGUCAAAUGUAUAAAUAAUGUAUGCAAUUGCACGGUCAAUUAUUUUUUCUUUGAAAAUACAUGUUCUGGUGCUGAUAUAUUGAACUACUUAUCAGUAAUAGGAAUAAUUUUAUUGAGCGUAUUUAUAUUUAUCUGCACAUAAUAUAAUAAAUCAUUUAAAAAAUGAUUUAUUUUUGCUGAUAAUAAUAUUGAUAGCUGUUAGAUUCUGCUGCAUGGGAUUCAAAUAUUUUUACAUAUAAUUUUAAUUUGUAAAUAAGUUAAUAAUUAUUAUAAUUCAUAAUAUAUAAAUAAUGUAAUUAAUUUAUUAAUUUAUUUAUUUAUUUAUUAUAUAUCGA